AUGCCUCUCCCGGUCUAUACAAUGAACUGUUUUAAGCUCCCCAAAGGCAUUUGUGAAGAGAUAAAUCGUAUUUUGGCAAACUACUGGUGGAGUAAAACUCCAGGCAAACGGUCAAUGCAUUCGGUUUCUUGGGAAAGAUUGGGACUACCAAAGAAAGAAGGAGGAUUGGGAUUUCGAGAUUUAGAGAAAUUUAAUAUGGAUCUUCUUGGAAAACAAAUAUGGCGAAUACUACAGGCUCCAACAAGUCUUCUUACUCGAUUUCUCAAAGCAAGAUAUUAUUCGACUAGUAACAUUUUCACUGCUGGCUCUAGUAAUCACCCUUCGUUUAUUUGGAAAUCUUUGCUUGAGGGUCAAGAUAUGAUUCAACAGGGUAUGCGCUUUUUGAUUGGAAAUGGUGCCAAUACUAAUGUCUGGGUUGAUCCUUGGUUACCAACCAAUCAGCCGAGACCUCCUAGAAGAAUAGAAGGGAUAAACAUGAAUACUUUACAAGUUAAAGACCUUAUCACAACAGAGCGGCAAACCUGGAACAUGGAUCUCAUCCGAAGCAUUAUUGUUGAUGAAGAUGUGUCAAUUAUACAAAGAAUUCGGUUGGGCCCUUUAUCUACUCCAGAUCUUCUUGGAUGGCACUACAAUGAUUCAUGCAUGUAUACAGUAAAAUCUGGUUAUUGGCUUGCUACUCAUAUGCAUGAAGCUCAGGCAGUACAUCCACCUCCAGAACUUCAAGGUUUCAAGACAGUUGUAUGGAAAAUGGAUAUAGCUCCCAAAUUCAACACUUCUUAUGGCGAAUGCUUUCAAGGGCAUUACCAACAGGAACAUAGUUAA